CUCAGAGAUUCAAGCACUUGUGUGUUGUGGAGCUGUUCGGGCAGGUCGCGAACGUUAGCUGUGCGCGUCCGCAGUAGAGCUGAAGUUGCAAUAGCGAAUUUCCGAUUUACACAAUACGCGAUUCGUGCCGGCGGUAGAGCGACUGUCUUUUACGUGAUCGUUUCCUUUGCCUUGUUAGGCUUAAGCUAAGACAUCCAUUACUUGCGACUCCGCUGGCCGACAUGCCGACUGGGCUAGGGGCGUCCUACAGGUCGCUAUCCGACGACGUGUACAAGACGACGACUGUGGCCGAGAACAGGUUCAGCGUGCUAGAGUCUGUGAAGAAGGCGUUCAGCCUGGCGGGCGCGGGUUCGGGCCCGCGCCGCUCCGAGCCGCUGCUGUCCGCACAGGUGCACGGCCAGCCGCAGCCGCACGCCGCCGCGCAGCACGCCAGGGACCGCAAAAUGCCGGCAUCUACAUCGGCUGAGGAGACAGCACUGCUGGGCACGAUGCCGUCGGACAGCAUGGACGACAUCGAGCUGCGCAGCAUCCAGCUGCAGUUCCCGAGCGCGCGCUCGCUGUCGCAGGAGGACGCGGGCUGCGUGGAGGAGCGCGUGCCCACCGGCCAGGGCGACGUGCUGGUGGCCGUGCGCGGCCGCCGCGGCCGCCCUGCCAUCCUCACCUACCACGACCUCGGCCUCAACCAUGUGUCGAGCUUCCAGGCGUUCUUCAACUUCAGCGAGAUGCGGGCGCUGCUGGACAGCUUCUGCGUGUACCACGUGAACGCGCCGGGCCAGGAGGAGGGCGCCGCCACGCUGGCCGAGGAUUAUGUAUACCCAACAAUGGAUGAACUAGCAGAGCAGCUAAACUUCGUGAUGUCACACUUUGGCCUAAAGUCAUUCAUUGGUUUUGGUGUUGGUGCUGGAGCCAAUGUACUAUGCAGGUUUGCCCUGAAUCACCCUGAAAAGGUGGAAGCACUUUGUUUGGUUAAUUGUGUAUCGACACAAGCAGGCUGGAUUGAAUGGGGGUAUCAAAAACUGAAUGCUCGUCAUCUUCGCUCAAAAGGAAUGACACAGGGUGUACUUGAUUACCUUAUGUGGCAUCACUUUGGAAGAGGCACAGAAGAACGUAAUCAUGACUUGACGCAAGUAUAUCGUAGUUACUUUGAACAUCGUGUCAACCCCGUGAACUUGGCAUUGUUCAUUGAUAGCUACAUUCGCCGCACAGACCUCAACAUUGUACGUGAACUUGACCCAGCUCGCAAGAAGGAGACGCGCACACUGUCAAUGCCUGUCAUGAACAUCACAGGUGCUCUUUCACCCCAUGUGGAAGACACUGUCACACUUAAUGGAAGACUGGAUCCAACUAAUUCCUCUUGGAUGAAGAUACAAGACUGUGGAAUGGUGUUAGAAGAACAACCGGGGAAGGUCAGUGAAGCAUUCCGUCUGUUCCUUCAGGGGCAGGGAUAUGCUGUGAGACUAUCCCGGAAGACUUCUUCAGCACAGCCUGCAGUUGCACCCUUGACUGAGAACAAAAUGGCCACCUAUCGGCAGGUAUCCCUCGAGCGAUUAGAUUUAGCUAGCAAAUUGCAAAAUCAAGUGCAGGUUAACAGUCCUGUCUGGUCAGCCUCUGCCAUAAACAUAACUGAGAAUCCAAUAUCUGAGGCAGUAGUGUGUUGAAAUAGAUAGGGAAAGCAUGAAGUUUACCACUAUUGUUAAGCAGAAUCUUUUUUGUUAUUUUAUACCACUAGUGGCAAAUUAGUUCGAUAACUUUUGACUCCAGAUUCUGUACGAGUCAUCAAAGGCACAAUGGAAAAAAAAACCAUAACUUCAGGUAACUUGGAGCACAAAUCUCUCGUAUGUUACACCUCAAACCUGGAGUUAUGAUUUCAGAAUAGUAUUGAUGGUAACUGUCUCAUCUCUUUUUUUAAUAUUUGUGUGUAUUUACCUGCUUCUGUCAUAUUUUUGCUAGUACUUAAGUUACACUCAGAAUUUUAAUAGUAUAGUUAAGUGUACUGUUAUUAAUUUUUGCCAGUGUAACUUUAUGUGCAAAAGUUGCUUUGACUGUAGUUUAGUUAGAUAUGUGUGUGCAGUGCAGAGACAUUCUGUUUCCUGUAACUACAACUGUGUAACAGAGCCAGAGCUUUUAUUGUGCUGGGCAUUUUUAAGAUAACACAAAUCUGUAUAAUCAGUGCCUCAUUUAAUUUCGGCAGCCAUGUAGUCUUAGACUAGGUUGCACUACCAAAUGUGAUACAAAUUACUGAGCUAAAUUCAUGGAAUAGUGUAGAAUUAAGAACACAAUUAGGACAUACGUAUAGUGGAAAGUUUGAGAUACACUGCUAUUGACAGACAUUACUUGUAGUAUUUCUAGAUCAGAGGCAGGCACUUCAGAUUAAUUACAGAGUGCCUAAGAAAGCAAGUUUGUCACUAUAUUAAUUGUAGAUGGAAAGCUAGCAGUGAAAACAAAAAGGAAAAUUUAUAAUACAUGUAGUGCAGGCCAGAGUACUGCUUUUGUUAUGAUACUGCAGGAAAUAUAUUUUAAUGAAAUUUUGUAAAGAUGCAAUGUUGACAAUGGACAUAUGUACAGAAUUUACAAAAAAGUGUAAUAUUUGUGCAGUUUGUAAAUAGAAAAUUAUAUAAAAUAUUUUGUUUUGUAGGUGUAGAUAGUUGUAUUGUGUGUUAGUAUUUUCAUUUUUUUAAAUUUUUGUUUCUUGCAUUAGAAUUCUCUAGCCGAUACAAAAUGUUUGAUGGUAUUAUUUGUUAACUUUCUCUUGCUCAAAAUAUACAGGUAACUUCCAAUUUGUUUAAAGUAGUAUUACAUUUGAAAAUAAAUGUUAUCCUUCUGGAACCCAAGUGAAUUAUUUUUCAUAGCUCUAUUUGCUUAUAGAUCCUUUUGCUAGCUUCCUGUCAAUUACAGUCAUCUUUUCUGGUUUUUAUUUGCAAAGGGUUUCAGAAAAAGCAGCAGAACAACGUGCAAGGUAUGAUUAUCCAUUUUGGUUUGUAACGCACCAGUGAAAUUUAUUUUUAAAAUUGUAACGUACUCUACAAAAAGAGUGGGAGUUCAUUUUCUCUUGGAUAAGGAAAUAUUUCUAUGCUAAAUGACCUUUUCCACCUCAUACACUGGAGUGAGCGAGGGGUAUCUUAAAUUUCAGCUUAAUCAUAUAUGAAACUUUUACCCAAAAACACACUUGUUCGCCUGGUGUGCAAUAAACUGGGCGCUAGAACUUGAGGUAAUGAAUUCAACAGAUAAAGCUGUUAAUGAUUCUUGUCACUAUUUUCUUUCAAUAACCGACCUAGUAUUGCAAUUUCUUUACAGUUGCAUCUGUGGUGUAAGGAUGGUCAGCACAAUUUUGAUAACUGGAAGAAUGCUGUGUUGAUUGAAACCUUGGUACAACUAAUCAUUGUUUCAAAAAUUAUGUCAGAUUUGGUUCUUUUUACUCAAUGUUGCAACCAGUCCCAUUCCUUCACCAUACCUGAUAUAUUGGCAAUGUUUUACUGGUGUCAAUAGAGGAAACACAACUGUAUAUGCAUAAAUGAAGUUUUCAGUCCUCUUAACAUGUCAAAUUAGAGUAAAAACUUGAGCUGCUUGAUGAUUAGUCUACCUCCAUAAGGAGCAACUGUCUGUCAUGACUGCAUGUGUAUGGGAUAAUAAAUUUUGUUGAAAACAAUA